AUGGAUCGCGUGUACAUCAAGUGCUGUCGCACCUUCUCCCUCGCUGCGGUCAACUGGAAUGAGGCGUAUCAGCUGGCGCUGGAGAUGGGGGAUAGCACGAUGCAGUUGGCGACAGCACGGCAGGAGAAGCUGCGUCGAGUGGAGCAGGCCUUCGAAGAGGAGGUUAUGCAGGGCGCUGUGCGUAUCGUAACGCUGGACCCCAACGCGCCACGGUCGGUGCCAAAGGAGCUACUAUGCUACCGCGACAAAAACGUCUUUUACCGCAUUCUUCCAGAUGGUCGCUCCGGCGGCAGCAUCGUGGCCGCCUUGCGCGGCGUGUUGCAGAGCCGCAGCGCUCUGCUGACGGUGCCGCUCACGUCGGUCAUUAUGUAUCGCGGCACCCCGGUGCUCGCCCAGGCGCUCGUGCCUUUGGGCGCAGAGCCGAUGAAAAUUUAUGGCGAUGGUGUAGAACCCAAUCUGGAGGUGGCGGCUGAGGUGAAGAUCAUGGCAGAUGUGCUGAAGACACCGCUGCCAGACCAAGUCUUAUGUGAGGUGUAUCAAGGCCUCGACGGACGCAUGUACGUUACGAACACAAACGUCACGACAAUCGCCUUGGACGACUCCAUGCUCAUCGGAGGUCCACUGAAACGACCCGAGAUGCUCGCGCUGUGUCCGUGUGUCACCGCCACGUGCGAGGAUGCACUGAACGUUCUGCGCAACCCAGUUGUGAUGGAGGCUCUUCAGCAUGUGCUGGAUACCGCCGCCGACCAACAGUGCCGCCACCUCAGCGAAACGCUGCACUUCUACGGAGUCAAUUUGUGCCUGCUGACGGGCGUGCUGGACGCCUUCGCGGAGCGUUACGGCAACACCGCAUAUGAUGUGCAGCGCUUCACCGAAGUUGUUGCGAUGGAGAUGAUGGCACGCACGAUCAAGCAGGAGUUCUACACCGAGGUGCAAGCCAAGCGGCUUGGGAUAGACGUGGUCGGCAUCAACAAGUGCUACGGGCUGCACCUCCGUGCGGCGCUACAGUCGGAGCAGGAAGAUAGGUUUAUUCAACUGGUGCUUCUCAAAUACGCCAUCCACAACGAAGGCGGGAGAGCAGACGUUUUCAGAGAGACUCUACUGACAGUGCGUCGCGAUCAUCGCAGCGCGCUCGUGAAGCGGGUUUCCUGGCUGAUGGGAGUCCGUUCCGCUCCCGCAGCUGAAGUAGCUAAGAAAGAGCGAACAGUGGUGUGGGCUCCUCUCAUAGCCGGACGCAUCACGCCGCACCUGUGCGAUCCACAGCUCAUGUGCUCCCUAGAGCCCCUGUAUCGCAGCCUGCAGUCGUGCGAAGCGCACUGCUUCGCCCACUGCUACCCGCUUCAGGUUAAGGUGGCCAUGUGGCAGGGCCGCAUCGGCGACGGCCUUAACCUCGCCAGCACCGCAGCGGAGCAGGCCCGAGCGCGCUACGGAGACGCCUCACUCCGCGCCGUGCAGGCGCAGCGCACAUUCAUGAGGCUUCUCUUUACAGUGCCAUCUCUGGAAAAUGUGCGGGAGGCUUAUGGCAUGGUGACUCCCAUCCUUGAGGCGUACGAGGACUGCGCAGGGCCAAUCACGAGAGCCAAGUGCCACAUCGAAGUCGGCUGCUGCCUCCUUGCUGUGUCCGCCGUAAUGGACGUCGUCGGCGAGGCGGCUCGACACUUCCGGGCAGCGGGGCAGCUGCUCCCAGCCUCGCUCCGCAGUUCUAGCGGGGCCUGGCUCUACCUACAGCCGAGCCUCGGCCUUGUGCGGUGCCGCCAGCUGGACCAGAAGAGUGGACUAGUGCCUCUCAAGGCGCUUGUAACUGACGCCAUGUACUUCUCUCGCGUUAUUACGCCAGCCGACUACUGCACGGAGUACUUGUGGGAGCUAGGAAUGGAGCUGGCGGCGGCGCGACACUAUGCGGAGUCGACUCAGAUUUUGACGGCGGCGUAUAGCAUGGCAAAGCGCACACAGGGCACGAAACUGGACGCUGACAGGAUUCGCAGCGACACCAUGCGCGUUUACAGUGAGUGCAAUCCUGAAAAGUACGCCGCCUACUGCAGUGCAAUUUCUGAGAGAACGCGCGUCGCCUAG